CCACCCUGCAGAAAUGGUGGUGAGUGUGUCUACGGCAACACGUGUAAAUGCAAGUCUCCGUACACUGGACUGGGCUGUGGCGCAAAAGAGGGAAGAUGUCCGCCAACACGCCCCAUUCCCAUACCAUGCCUUAUUGGCCCAGUGUGCGUAAUAGACUCGGACUGCUCAGCCACACGCAAGUGCUGCAACAGCCCGUGUCCAGGCACAUGCCAGUGCCCCUUGAUAACUUGCAAUCUGAGAUGCGCGCACGGACAGCAGACGGAUGCGACGGGAUGUCGAAUCUGUGCCUGUGCCUCAGCGCCAAUCUGCAGACCAGCGUGUAGCAAUGGUGGCACGUGCCUGGCCAAUAACCGCUGCUCCUGCAGACCAGGCUUCACAGGACCAACAUGCAAUGAUCCAGUAACUCCAACAUGUAGUCCUCGGUGUAGAAAUGGUGGAACGUGCAUAGCAAACAAUCGCUGCUCGUGUCGGUCUGGCUUCACUGGAAACCGCUGUCAGAAUACAGUACCUCCAACAUGCAAUCCUCAGUGUGAAAAUGGUGGAACGUGCAUAACAAACAACCGCUGCUCGUGUCCAUCUGGGUUCACUGGCAGUCAGUGUCAGAAUGCAGUUCAAACCGCUUGUCGAAGGCGAAUAGAAAUACAUUGCAUGACACCGGCACAGAGACAGCUGUAUAUUGAUACCUACAAGACAGCGUAUGGACAGCCUGCUUUGCGCACUCUGCUGAGAAGCCAUGCUAUCAACUUUGCAGCUGGCAUUCACACCAGGGAUCAGUUCUUGCCAUGGCAUCGUUGGUUUAUUCUGGAACUGGAAAACAUCUUGCUGGCCAUCGACAGCAAUGUUAUUCUGCCAUACUGGGACUGGACUCUGCAUAGUACUGCGCCGUGGAGUGCACCAUUGUGGGGUAGUGCACCACAUUGGUAUGGUGGAGAUGGCUCUGGAUCAUGUGUGACAACGGGACCAUUCCGCAGUGGACAGUUUUCACUUGUGUCAGGCGGUUGCUUACAGCGUGAUUUCACUGGAACUACGCCUAGCGCUCUGGUAGUCAAUGACAUACUUUCCACACCCGUAUCGUCCUUCAAUGACUUUGAACUGCGCGUCCGUGGAGAACUACACAACACCGUUCAUUGCCGUAUCCAUGGCACUAUGUGCACGCUGGAUGCUGCUGAAUCACCAGACUUCUUCCUGCACCACGGGUUCAUUGACAAGCUAUGGGCUGAUUACCAAGCAAGAAGUACUGCACAUCACGACGCUCACUUCAGUAGUCUGGGAUCGGCCAUGACAGCUGCUGGUGGCCAUUCAGCUCAGGAUAUGAUUGAUCUGAACAACCAGCCUGGUGGUGUGUGUGUACAGUAUGAGCAAUCAUGCAGCAGUACUGCACGGCAGCUGAGAAGGGCAUUCGGCCGUGUAGCACCCAGUGUGAUAGCAAAGAGUGUUCCUUGUCAACCGCAAAGUUUGGAUGUGAGCGGAGCUGUGCAGCAAGGUCAGGAGCUAUUCAGAGUGUCAGCAUCGGAGCGGUCCCAACUCGCCAGCUUUGUUAGCAAACAAGUGUGCCUACCUCUACGUGCUGAAAUAAACCCGCCAGUGGUUAGGCCUGAACGGCCCAGACCACUACCCGGCAACAAGAUUGCGGGAAACCUUGGAUUUAACCUCAACACACUGUUGAACCUGGCAACUGCCAAAAAAUGAGUCAAGACCUCGCCAGUUGAAGGUGUUACUAAAAUACUGAUCCCUGUCAGCUUCGCAACUGUCAUUCAGCCCUGCCGCAAAAAAUACCACCUAUCAAAAUUGGAGAGCAUUGCCGUUCGGAAUUCCAAUUUGCCAUUAAGUUACAAUUGCCCCCCCCCCCCCCCCCAAUCCCUUUCACUUUUGUAGUCUUUCGCAGCUGUUCAGCUGUUUCCUGUACAACCUGAGAAUUUGGAGAAACUCAUGAUGUCUCUUUUCACAUCGGUGUAUGAAUGAUAAUUAUAGUCUUUUAUAGGGCAUCAUAAACGACUGGCGCCUUCAAUGCAUGUACCUAAUACAUACCAUGCCUAUGACAUUCAGUAUAAUACUUCGAAGUACAUACAUGUAGAUGUACUACCCAGGUGCAUGUGAGUAAUGAAUGUACCAUGACUGCCAUGUACUACUCAAGCAUACAAUGAUCACAGAUGCAUUGCUUUGACCUGCUAGUGUAUAUUGGAAAUUCCUGCUCGAAAUGUUUUAAACUCCAAUCCCUCCCUCUUUUUAAUAAGCUUUUGUUGCAUUGGAAAAAAAUUGUGCUGCGGCCACUUUA